UGGCCCCUCUCCUCCCUAUCCCCCUGAGCUCAAUAUGCACACACCCUCUGUCUGUGCAAGCGAGAGGAGCCUAGAACGGGGGCUGCGGGGAAGGCUGGCAGCAGGGCUGGGGUCCCCGCAGGAGAGGUGGCCGAGGGAGGGGAGUCCAGAGCCAGCAGAGUGAGUCAGGCACCUCCACUGGGGUUACACAUCCCAGGGCGUCGGGGCACUGGAAGGCGUGUCCCUGGCCUUCCGCCUGGGCCCCGGCACCCCCACCCCGCAUCCCACAGCCCCUCUUCUCUCCCUGCUCUCAGGACCCACAGUGACCACUCUAGGCUCCUAUGAGGUGUCCGAGGGUUGUGAGAGAAAGAAAGGUCAACGCUGGGGGUCCCUGGAACGGCGGGGGAUGCAAGCCAUGGAGGGGGAGGUGUUACUCCCAGCUCUCUAUGAGGAGGAAGAGGAAGAGGAAGAGGAGGAAGAAGAGGUGGAAGAAGAAGAUCGAGUGCAAAAAGGUGGCAGCAUGGGCUCCCUGUCAGUCAGCAAGCACCGGGGCCUGAGCCUGACAGAGACGGAGCUGGAGGAGCUGAGGGCUCAGGUGCUCCAGCUGGUGGCAGAGCUAGAGGAGACCCGGGAACUGGCGGGGCAGCAUGAGGAUGACUCCCUGGAGCUGCAGGGCCUCCUGGAGGAUGAACGCCUGGCCAGCGCCCAGCAAGCGGAGGUGUUCACCAAGCAGAUCCAGCAGCUCCAAGGUGAGCUGCGGUCUCUACGGGAGGAGAUUUCCCUACUAGAACGUGAGAAAGAAUGCGAACUUAAGGAAAUAGAACGAGAAUUGCAUUUGGCCCAGACUGAGAUCCAGAAUCUGCGACAGGCAGCAGAGGAUUCUGCGACUGAACAUGAGAGUGACAUAGCUUCCCUGCAGGAGGAUCUCUGCCGGAUGCAGAGGGAACUUGAAGACAUGGACCGCAUCCGUGGAGAUUAUGAGAUGGAGAUUGCCUCCCUCCGUGCGGAGAUGGAAAUGAAGAACUCUGACACCUCCACUAGUUUGAGUCUCUCGGAUUUCUCCGGGUUGCAAGAGGAACUGCAGCAGCUGCGGGAACGCUACCAUUUCCUGACCGAGGAGUACCAGGCCUUGCAGGAGAGCAACAGCAGCCUCACAGGGCAGCUUGCAGAUCUGGAGAGCGAGAGGACACGAAGAGCAACAGAGAGAUGGCUGGAGUCCUACACACUAAGGAGUAUGAUAUCGACAGAGUCUCAGACGUCAGAGAUGGAUUUCCUAGAGCCUGAUCCUGAAAUGCAGUUGUUGCGACAGCAGCUGCUGGGAGCUGAGGAGCAGAUGUAUGACAUGCAGAACAAGUGUAAGAAGUUGUGUUGUGAGUUGCAAGAGCUACAGCAUCAUCGCCAGGUCGGAGAGGAGGAGCAGAGACGGCUGCAGAGGGAGCUCAAGUGUGCCCAGAAUGAGGUGCUCCGGUUUCAGACCUCCCACAGUGUCAUCCAGAAUGAGGAGCUGAAGACUAAACUCUGCACCCUGCAGAAAAAGUAUGACACUAGCCAGGAUGAGCAGACCGAGCUCCUAAAGAUGCAGCUUCAGCUUCAGUCCGAGCUCCAGCAGCUCAAAGUCAUGAAGUCCCCAGUCCUAGAAAGCCAGAGUGAGAAGGAGUUACUGUGCCGGCUGCAGAAACUGCAGUUCCAGUACCAGAACAUUACAUGCGAGAAGGAGAAGCUGCUGGAAUUACAGCACCAGCUGCAGCAGAAGCUGCGGUGCCAUGAGGCAGAGCUGCAGCGCCUCAGGGACAUGGUGGCCUCCUUCCAGGAGAGCAAUGAGAAGAACACAGAGAUUCACUCCCAGCUCCAGGAGAUGAAGCGACUGUACCAGGCCAGCAAGAAUGAGCUAGAGCAACAGAAGCACAUGUAUGACCAGCUCCAGCAGGAUUUCCUGCUCUACCAGCUGGAGCUGAAACAGCUCAAAACAACCCAGCCCAUUCCUGAGGACAAGGGGGAGUGUGCUAAUAAGUGUGAGACACUGCUGUCCAAACUGACAGAGUUGCAGGAGAAGUACAAGGCCAGCCAGAAGGAGGUGGGGCAGCUGCAGAUGGAGCAGUGUGAGCUCCUGGAGGACCAGAGGAGGAUGCAGGAGGAGCAGGGCCAGCUGCAAGAAGAGCUGCAUAGGCUCACAUUCCCGCUGCCCAAGGGUGGCCUCUUCCUGAAGAGUCAGGAGCUGCUUACAAAGUUACAAGACCUGUGUGAAUUGCAGCUGCUCUACCAGGGCAGGCAGGAGGAACAGAAGACACAGAUACAGAACCAAGAGCGUGUAUUAAAAGAACAAUUAGAGGUGUUUGAAGAACUGCGAUGUUUCAAAGAGUCUCAUUUCCAGGAAGUAUUGGAGAAUCCCGAGGAUUCUAAAUCGGCUAAAUCCUCAAAAUGUGAUCGAAACAAGAAGUCCAAGCUGUUCAUCAAGCACAUGCAGGCUCUGCAGGAGCUGUACAACACCAGCCAAGUGGAGCAAGAGCUCCUGCAGCAGGAGCAGGGGCGGCUCCUGGAGGAGCACAAGAGGCUGCAGGCAGACCUACAGCUCUGCCUGGAGGAAAUGCAGCUGCUCCAGGUACAGUCCCCUUCCACAAGGAUGAGCCUCACGUCCUGCAAGGACAGCUCUGCUGAUACGGCGCCCAGCAGUGAGAACGGUCGCAAGAGUUGCAAUAGCUCCACUGAUGAUAGCGAGAGCUAUCUCAGGAGUUACACCAGCACCCAGGCCAGCAAUGAGAGCUUUCUCAAGAGCUAUGGCAGCAGCACCAGUGCCAGCGAGGCCUACGAGAAGAGUUACCGCAGCAGCAGCAGCAGCAGUGUCACCUACAAGAAGAGUUACAGCAACACCAGCAGCUCUGAUACCUGUCACAAGAGUUAUGUCAGCAGCUGUGCUGAUGACGAGCCUGUGGAGCUGGAAGACUUGGAGCAUGUUGAGGAAAAGGUUGCAGAGGUGUUGGCCAAGCUGCAGGCAGUGCAGGCCAUGUACACGAUAAGCCUGAAGGAGCAUGACCGACUGCAGGAGCAGAUGAAGAGGGCCCUGGACAAGCAGAAUGAGCUGAAGGAAGAGCUGGAUGCCUGUGAAAAGGCCUUCAGGGAGUGCAUGGAAGGCCUCGAGAUGCCCGUGGCCUCUCAGAGCGACAAGAAUGAGAUCAAAGAACUGCAGUCCAAGCUGCGGGAGCUGCAGCUGCAGUACCAGGCCAGCAUGGACGAGCAGGGCCGGCUUCUGGCUGUGCAGGAGCAGCUGGAGGGGCAGCUGCAGUGCUGCCAGGAAGAGCUCUGCCAGCUCAAGAAGAGGCCCUCCGUGGCCAGAGAAGCCCAGGGCAAGAAUGGCAAUAAGAACACAAACAAGAACGCCAAUGGGGCCAAAGUUAAAAAGGUGACCGAGCUGUGCACAGAUAGUUCUAACAGCAACUUGGAGAUCAAAAAGAGUCUGGAGGUGGUGCUGUACUAUAAGGCCAGCCUGAAAGAAUUAGAUGAGCUAGCAAAGGAAAAGAAAGAGGAGACGGAGGAGGAAAAAGAGGAGAAAAUGGAAGAGGAAACAAAGGAGGCAUCCUGGGGUGAGCUAGCUUCUGAGCCACCAGACCCUGGGGAAGUGAAGUCCACAGAGAGUCAGGAGGCAGAAGAGGAGGAGCACAAAGACCUAGAGGAUAAGGAAGAAGGCAGCGAAGAGGAGGAGGAUAAUGACUCUCCCCCUGCAGCCGCUGAAGAAAACAACUUCCUCAGACUUUCUGAGAGCACAAAGCCAUCCCCUACCCCCGAUCCCCCUAUCUUCUCUUUGCCUCUUGUAGGCCUGGUGGUCAUCUCGGCUUUGCUCUGGUGCUGGUGGGCUGAGACGUCGUCCUAAUGCAGAACAUGUUUGGGCUGUGGAAGCCUGUGGUAUUCUUGGCUAUUGCAGCGGUGGCUCUGUAUGUGUUACCCAACAUGCGACCGCAGGAGUCAGAGUUCUGCCUCAUGGAGUGAUGGCAGGCCUGGGCCAGCGAGAGGGCAGCUCCCGGUGGCCACCACCCUCAGCUUUGGGCAGGACACACUGUGCCAGAACCCUCCUGUGUGCUCCAUGUGUCCCCAUCUCCUCAGCCUCAGUCAUCUGGGCUGGAGAGACUUGUGGGGAACGGCUGGCUCCCACCUCCUGCCUUGUGUAAGAACCUGGGUCCCUUGUAAUUAAAUAUCAACCUAAUGACA